AUGGAAAGGAUCAUAAAGAGCGAACUGAUGCAAUUUCUGGAAGUCAACGGCCUGCUAUCGAGAUGCCAACAUGGGUUCCGGAAAAAGAGAUCCUGCACGACAAACUUGCUGCAAUCUCUCCAGAGCUGGACCCGAGCUCUCGACGACAGGCACGCGGUCCAAAUAGCCUUCAUCGACUUCCAGAAGGCUUUCGACACUGUGAUACACCAUAGGCCCUUACGUAAACUUAAAAAAAUAGGGAUCUGUGGCAACUUCCUUAAAUGGAUCGAAAACUUCCUUUUGGGUCGACACCAGGUUGUGUGCAUCGGUCGGGGAAAAUCAGAUCCUGCUGUGGUCGAGAGUGGUGUCCCCCAGGGUUCAGUGCUGGGACCCAUUCUGUUCCUUAUAUACGUGGACGAUGCCGCAAGAGCUUUGGACUGCGAAGUAGCAAUGGUUGCGGACGACAUGAAGAUAUGGAAUGUAAUUCGGGGUGCUGCCGACGAAGACAGACUACAGAUUAAUCUGAAUCGGUUGGAGGAGUGGUCAAACCGUUGGCUCCUGCGGUUCAACGUUGCCAAGUGUAACAUACUUCGCCUAGGCAACACAGCCAGAUCGGCCAGCACAAGAGACUACUUUCUGGGCGGUGCAGCCCUACAAGAGGUCGAAGCCCAAAAGGACCUCGGUGUUCUGACGACAAGUUCUCUGAAACCAUCCGCCCAUUGUUCGAGGGUCGCAAAAAACGCAAUGUCUGUAUUGUACGCCAUCAAGCGCGCAUUUAUGGACUUUGACGAGGAUGCUUUCUCAAAGACAUUCGGAACAUUCGUUCGGCCGCAUGUAGAGUACGGCAUACAAGCCUGGAGGCCGUGGGCUGUUGAGGAUCAAAACUGCCUCGAAAGAGUCCAGAGGAGAGCCACGAAGAUGGUUAGGGGUCAAAGCUCCUUUCCUUAUGCAACCUGCCUAGUAAAUCUGAACCUCUUUCCUUUGAGUUACAGGCAACUUCGCGGGGAUCUCUUGCAAGCCUUCCGCAUUGUAAAGGGGUUGGAUUGCAGCCUAGCCUUCGAAGACUUUUUUGAAUUUGCUACCACGACCAACCUACGAGGUCACCCGUUCAAACUGCGCACCCAGCAAGCAAGGCUGGAUGUGCGGAAGUUCUCGUUCUCUGUUCGAGUGGUCAAACCCUGA